ACACAAAUCGACACUGGUCUACAUUUUCAUACGAAGUGUCUCCCUCAUGAUUGAUGAUGCCAAAGACUUUCAGUAGUCAAAAAUUUAAUAUUUGGUAUAUAUCGUGAUCUGUAUAAUUAUAUAUUGAAAACUGUGUACAAACAUAUAUAACGAAGAUGGACUUGACUUGUCAAAAUCCUAGCUUGAGCAUUGAGUAUUUACUCGGUCAAUUAAACACAGCCAGACAAGAGAUUAAUAAUUUAAGGAAACAAGUGAAAGGUCUACGAUAUAUACUCGAUAAGGACGUCGAUGAUAUUAAACGCGUUUUGGAGUUGCAAAAACAUGGGGAAGUCCUUUCACAUUCCAAGCUGAUAACUGUAGAAGAAGCAAAGCCUGGUACAAGUAAAGAUCAAGACAUUCUCAAAUUAAAACCCAUUGGAAUUAUUUCCACUUGGUUCCCCAACAAGAGGGCAACUCCACGGCAAUCUGGAAUAUGUGGGAAGGUUCCAGGGAAAUUAACACUUUAUAAUUCUGUAUUUACAAAUCCGGAUCAUGCAUUGCAGGGUUUGCAAGAUUUUUCACACAUGUGGAUUUUAUUUCAUUUUCAUAGAAACGAUUCAACGCACACUCGUGCAAAAGUUGCACCACCACGAUUAAAUGGGAUAAAAACAGGGGUAUUUUCUACACGUUCUCCACAUCGGCCAUGUCCCAUUGGUCUCAGUUUAGUUAAGAUUUUGAAAAUUGAGAAUUAUACAAUUUAUUUUGAGGGUGUUGAUAUGGUUAAUCAGACCCCUGUUCUGGAUAUAAAACCAUAUAUACCACAGUACGAUAAUCCAUUACACAUUGAGAAAUUAAGUAAUAGACUAAGAGAGAAUAACACAAAUAUCUCAGACACGUUUCAAAAUACAGAAGAAGCCAUUAACUUAAGUGAAGACCAAUCGAUUGAUCUUAAUAUCGAUGAUGCAAACACCAACAGUGGCAGACAAGCUGAAUUUGAUAUUUCCAGAGAUGAGGAAAUAGCUUUAAGGCUCCAGGUAGAAGAAUUUCAAGCGGAUCCAAAUCUUGAUGGCUACGAUAUUGCAAGACAGUCUUCUCAAUCGAUGGAAGCUUAUGCUAAUAAUGCUACUUCAUUACAAACCAAUGCUACAAAUAUUAUGCAUACAGAAACAUCCCAAGAUAGGGCACCUGAUAUGAGAUUAAAUUUAGAUAAUAAUUCUAUUGAGCAGAAUGCUGAAUUAACUGAAUCGCGGACGGAUUCUAGCGAUCUUAGCGAUUUGAAUAACAGGUUACGUGAUGUAGAUCUAAAUAAUUCUAGCAAUGCAGAUUCAGCGUACUUAGAGAGAGACAGUGAAAUAUACUACACUGAGAAUCAGUUUUUACGCAACUCCAGGCUGCUGGACGGAGCAGAUGGUCCGAGCACAGUUUGCGGUACAAAUAUAGAUUUAGUCACUCAUAUGUUACAUGCAAGAGUCGAUAAUUCUCCUGUAAGGAUGGGAAUACGUGAAGCGCCUGAUGGAGAGGAAGGACUCGAGUCUCAGAGCUUGACGCCGUCGCGAACCUUAUCGAAUAUUCACGUAGGGACUAUCGUGUCGUCCGUGCCGAUGAAUACGUCGACGGAGGAUAAUUUUUCUGAGAUAAGGGUACCAAACUGGAUUUCGCAGCCUCGCACAACAGCAUUGUCGGUAAUUUUUAAUGAACGUGCAUUGAUGCAAUUAAACGAGAUUUCAGACAACAAGGUUUUUGAACAAAAACAAGCUAUAGAACAUGUAUUGAGAGAGGAUCCUAGAUCAGUGUACUUGAGGCAGAGAUGGGGUAGUCAAGUUUACACUUUUUUAAUAUACGAUCUGCACAUCACAUGUAGAUUUGACGAUAGUAGAGGUAUUGUUACUGUAUUUCAAGUGCGACGUGCAGGUCGUAUUUGCGUUUGCGGUGAGCCUGAGUGGCAGUGCUUAGGACACUCUCCUUAAUCUUAAUGUAUCAUAUAAAUGAAAUGAAGCAAACAUUUUUUGGGAAACCGGAGAAAAGAACAGCAAAAUACUAUUUCUCUAUCGUGAUUUAGCAUAAGUAAUUUAUGUACAUUUCCAUUUUUUAGAAGUCUUGUAAAAUAAUUUUGCUUUUUAUAUAAUAAUAAUUGUAGCUGAUAGAAUAUUUAUUAUAAUGAUGAAAGUAAUGAAAUUUUUAUGAUUUAAAUUUAACUUUAAUGCAAAUGUACAAGUUCCUACAUUUUGUUAUCAUAU